GUUGCGGGGGUUAGGGCCUGGGAUCCCUGGGCCCCAGGUAGCAGAAGAUCCCGUGACGGGGCGGAGUGACACUAUCUCGGCCCUGAGGCUUGCUAACGGCCCCUGCCGGCCUCACCUGCCGUGACCCAGCGCCGUGCUGUUCUCCCCGCGACAGGCGAGCUCUGUGCGCCCGGCGGAGGUCGGCGGCAACAAGCAGCGACUGCGGAGCGGCGGCGGGCGGCCCCGGGUAUGUACGCCCCCGGAGGCGCAGGGCUGCCCGGAGGGCGCCGGCGGAGAAGCCCCGGAGGCAGCGCUCUGCCCAAGCAGCCGGAGCGUAGCCUGGCCUCGGCUCUCCCGGGCGCGCUGUCCAUCACAGCGCUGUGCACUGCCCUCGCCGAGCCCGCCUGGCUGCACAUCCACGGCGGCACCUGUUCCCGCCAGGAGCUGGGGGUCUCCGACGUGCUGGGCUACGUGCAUCCGGACCUCCUGAAAGAUUUCUGCAUGAAUCCUCAGACCAUACUGCUCCUGCGAGUCAUUGCUGCCUUCUGCUUCCUGGGCAUACUAUGCAGUCUCUCUGCUUUCCUCCUGGAUGUCUUUGGGCCCAAGCAUCCAGCCCUGAAGAUCACUCGUCGAUAUGCCUUUGCCCACAUCCUCACAGUCCUGCAGUGUGCCACUGUCAUUGGCUUUUCUUACUGGGCUUCUGAACUCAUCUUGGCCCAGCAGCAGCAGCACAAGAAGUACCAUGGUUCCCAGGUCUACGUCACCUUUGCCGUUAGCUUCUACCUGGUGGCUGGAGCUGGUGGAGCCUCAAUCCUGGCCACAGCAGCCAACCUCCUGCGCCACUACCCUACGGAGGAGGAGGAGCAGGCGCUGGAGCUGCUGUCUGAGAUGGAAGAGAAUGAGCCGUACCCAGCUGAGUAUGAAGUCAUCAACCAGUUUCAGCCACCCCCGGCCUACACACCAUAG